CCUACAUAACUGCAGCUACGUUAGAAUUUAGUCAUUCAGACUAGAGAGAAACGGAGGGACAUAUCGUGUCUUAUCAUUAGCAAGUAAUUGUAAUGAAUAACUAAACUGAGGCUUAUGUUUAUAUACAUAUAUACGACAAUCUAUAGCAGAAAUAUUGCCUAGAGUUGGAGAGACUAAUGAGAUGAUCUCCGCGAUCUGAACACGAGAUUCAAACAGUGAUUUAAUUAACAAUAAUACCCAACGGGACGGACGAUAUGGAGAAACAGGUUAUGACCAAAGAUGCGAACGUUUACAGUGAGUCUCAAAAUCCUACAUACACACCGCUCCACUAUGCUGUCAUGAAUUGCGAGAUAGAAACUGUAAAAACGCUCAUUAAAAGAGGUGCUCGCGUGAAUGCUACAGAUGCAAAUGGAAGAACGGCACUGCACCUAGCUAUUCAGAAGAGACACAAAGAUAUCGUUCGAAACCUCGUAGAACAUGAUGCCGAUGUCAACUUGCAAACUCGAAGGGGCGAGACACCGCUGCAUUCUGCUAUGGAAGGAGGACAAAGAGAAAUUUGCAAGUUGCUAAUCCAAGGAGGUGCUAACAUUGAUGCUAAAGAUCCAGAUGGAAAAACGGCACUGCACCUAGCCAUUCAGGAGAGCCAUAAAGAUAUAGUAGAAAUCCUCGUAGAACAUGGUGCCGAUGUCAACUUGCAAACUCAAACGGGCGAGACACCGCUCCAUUUUGCUGCGCGAGCAAGAGUAGACGAAAUUUUCAACUCCAUGUGCGAAAGAAUAGGUGACGUGGAUGCUGAAAACGAAUAUGAAGAAACGGCACAGCACCUAGCCAUUCAAAUGAGACAAAAAGAUAUCGUACAAAUCCUCGUAGAACAUGGUGCCGAUGUCAACUUGCAAAAUCGAUCGCGCGAGACACCGCUUCAUUUUGCUGCGCGUGUAGGAGUAGAAGAAAUUCUCUGGUUGCUGAUUGAGGGAGGAGCUGACGUAGAUAUCGUAAACAAAGAUGGAGAUACGGCACUGCGCUUAGCCAUUCAGGAGAGACACGAAGAUAUCGUGAAAAUUCUCGUACAUCAGGGUGCCGAUGUAAACUCAGAAACUAAAGAGGGCAACACACUGCUUCAUUUUGCUGCGCGAGGACGACUAAAAGAAACUUGCAGGUUUCUACUCGAAAGAGGAGUUGACGUGGAUGCUGAAAACGAAUAUGAAGAAACGGCACUGUGCCUAGCCAUUAACAAGGGAGACAAUGAUAUCGUACAAAUCCUCGUAGAACAUGGUGCCGAUGUCAACUUGCAAAAUUCGAGGGGCGAAACACCGCUUCAUCAUGCUACAAGAAAAGGACUAGAAGCAUACUGCGAGGUGCUACUCGAAAGCGGAGUUGACGUGGAUGCUCAAAACGAAUAUGGUGUAACGGCACUGCGCCUAGCCGUUCAGAUGAUACACAAAGAUAUCGUACAAAUCCUCGUAGAAUAUGGUGCCGAUGUAAAUUUGAAAACUGAGAGUGGUCGGACACCGCUCCAUUAUGCCAUAGGAGGAGAAUUAGUACUAAUUUGUGAGGAUCUACUUGUAAGCGUAGUUAACGUGAAUCCUCCAACCCAGUAUGAAGAAACAGCACUGCUCCUAGCCACUAAGAAGGGACACAGGGAGAAGGCACUGCACCAAGCCAUUCUGAACAUACAUGAAGAUAUCGUACAAAUCCUCGUAGAAUAUGGUGCCGAUGUCAACGUGCAAACUGUAGAAGGCCAGACACCGCUCCAUUUUGCUGCUGGAUGUGGUCGAAUACGUAUCAUGGAAAUUCUCUUUAAUUCGAACGUUGACAUCGAUUCCAUAAAUAAGGAUGGUGACACUGCACUUCAUCUGGCAUCCUGCGCCAAUCAGUAUGAAGCCGUUCUGACUCUCAUAGAAUACGGUUCUAACGUAAACAUUGUUAAUAAAUACCAUAAGACAGCGUUGCACGUACACUGUUCUAAGUUUAGAUCUGUAAAUCACGACAAACUUACCGAUAUUGAACAACAGCUACUUAAAAUGCAGAUUGCUAGCUUGGACGUGAAUGACGGAAAUGUGGAGAAUCUUAAUAUCACUACGGAUAUGAUCGAGCAAUCUCUAAAAUUUCAGAAAAAAUGUAUUGAAGAGAUAAUGAGAAUGAAAAACAUAAAAAUUAACGAUACUAUCCUAACAUUUCAUGAUAUCCUAACAAAACGCAUAGACCAAAUUGCAUUAUACGCGAGAAAUGAAGAUGUUGUUCAGGUUUUGAAACGGAGCGAUUAUCAGAGAGAAUUUCCUACGUACGAAGACAUAAUAGAACGUCGUUUCAAUAGAGGUAUGGUACGAAAGAAGUUGUUAGACGACGGCGUUACAUUUUUCGGCCGUUACUUCAGUAGAAAUUAUGAUUUACCUUAUAUUCAAGGAAUACUAAACUACCUCAGUAACAGGGACCUAACGAAUUUGAGAGAUGCUUAUAAAAACGUACGGUAUAACAUUAAUGAUGUAACAAAACGGGAAACACUGUAAUA